AAUAUACCCUGAAAUGCGCAAUUUUUCUAAAUGUUAAUGCUAACUUAAUAUGUUACAAAUAAACAUCCUUUGGUUAUUAAUGAUUUCAUCCGCUAGUGCGGACAAUAUUGUCUCCAUCGAUCAAUCCGUGACACUCACCAAACAUUGUAGAAAUAAGGAAAGAUUAAUAACGUCUGAAGAGAACGAUGAGUAUUUACUUAUUAGCGCCGAGAUUGACUCGCUGGUCGUGAUGGAAUGUCGAUUUUGGUACGAGAUAUUGCUACGGGGAUGAAAAUUAAGAUUCUCUCAUUAUAUUUGUUUUAUAAGGCAGCAACGACAAAGAAGAAAGGCAGUCGAAAAUUUGGUAUUACCAAGAUCGGUACAGAGAGAAUCCCGAAAAGGUGGUCGAAUUGGAAAUGGAUAAUAACGCAUCAUACAAUAGAAUUUAUACUACUCCAGAAUUUUCUUUGGCAAUCAAGGAUUUAAAGAUAACAGACGCUGGGAUUUAUUUAUGUCACGGUGAGGAGGGCCAGGAAGCUGAAAAUAAAUUCAACUAUAGAAUCGAACCAAUCUCUAAGGAAUACGGAGUUUCUUAUAUGGAGCAAGGAAAUACGACUGACUGGGAAAAAUAUCGAGAAAUGUACUUAGCGUCCGUUACCACCCGAUUUGCUGUUUCACAAAUGUCCGAGCUGGCUGAAAUUCGAAAGGUAGGAAUAACGCUACAGGUGAUUUCUGAAUGGGGGCCUUGGGGCCCAUGUGAACAUUGUAUACGUAAUCGCGGAUAUAAGAAAAGUGUUGGACAGUGCCGAUUGAUACGACAGAUAAAUACGGCAAUUGCUAAUAAAAGCGACUCAUCUAUUGUUAAAUUUUUCCGGAAAUCACCUUCAAUACCUUGCAAGGGAGUUUUACUCGAAGAAGAAUUUCCUAGCGUCAGCAGUGCAGUGCGUCAUUUGCCCGAAUUCAUUUUAAAGGAACCGUGCAAGAAGUGUCCUCGCGUGAAAACGAUAAAGGGUCGAAAGUUCAAAUACGUUAAACGAUUCGUGCUCGCGGAGGGAGCUUAUCUUACCGUUGUUUGCCCAGAGUAUCUAUCUAUUUUCUCAGUAUUUACGAGAUACUUCCUUCUAACAAAACGCAAACGUUAUAGGUCAACCCCAGAUACACAGGUCUCGUGGAAGAAGGACGCGAUUACGUUAGAAAAGGGUGUCCGGCGAUCUUUUCGCAAAUUGGAUCCAGAAGCUCGCGUGAUAGUGGACGCCUUUGGGACGCUUUAUCUGAUAGAAGUGUCUACCCACGAAGAGGGGAACUACACGUGUUACAUAGACAAUGUGAAUAUGAUGCAAUUAAAAGUUAUCGUUGUUGCUAAAGGAAAACUGUUGACGCAAGAAUUUUUACGUCAUUUGGGAUAUCUGGGAUUUAUAUUCCUACUUUGCUCAUUUUGCUACUGCAGUGGUUUAAUUUAUGCAUGGAGACAGAGACAGAGGAAGUCAAAUGCUCCGAAGAACGAUGCGGUCAAACAAGACGAAGAGAUACCAUUAAUUGAUCAGGGUCCAUGAUUUAAGAAUCGUUUAUCAACGAAAGUGAUCAAUUAAAAUUCGUUGAUAGUGCUUGGUAGCAUUAUCGACCGAGUCUUUAGGACGAUUUCUUCGACGGGAUGUUUUCAGACAGGCGAUGACCUUAAAGGUAACCGAGUGAAAGGCGGCAGUGGGAGAGAGAACUGUAUGGAUGAAUAAAUCGAUAAGAACUGCACGCGUUUCCGAGCGAAUACACAUUAGGAUGAAUUCAAGGACAUGGGCGUGCGCAAUCUUUUGCCUGGC